AUGAACCCUGAAGCCGCGGAUAUGGGGUUAGACGCCUCAGAGCAGCCUGACCAGACGUCGUCUCCGUGCGCGUAUCCACCCUUUUACGGGCCCGAAAUCAGCUCUACUGGUCAUCUAGUACCUGGAGACUUGGCAAUAACUUCUAACGAGACACAACAUACAACUCCGGUCGAUAUGGUUGAUGCCGCCGCCGUGGACUUGCUGAAGGGUGCGGUUGAGGAUGGACCAGGCGAGGACUUGUCUGCUGCCAAACAUAAGGCCCAAACCGCUCAGUAUGACGGCUUAUCCCUUCGACUUCUUGAGGACGAGAAGAAAACCGGCGAUCUGGGCCGACGAUCAAAACAGGCGGUUCUGCAUUUGACCUUCACAGAGAUGAGAAUCACGCAAAUGGAACAGCAGAUUCGGAAACUAGAAGCUGAACUUCACAACAAACCAGAUGACUUUCAGCUCAGCGUGUCAAUGGAGAUUCCUUUUCACGAAAAAGCAUCCCUGGAAGUUCUUGUCACAGAGCAUGGCACAUCAGCGAUGCUUGGUUCAGAUCACUAUGACGCCGGCCACUCGACCAGAAUUUGCCAGCGGACGCAUCAACAGACACCGGAAAGGCUGCGGAUACGAUACGCUCCACUUAUAAAGACACUCGAGAAAGUCUGCGGGGAAACAAUUUCCAAUCAAUUCAUCUGGCCCAGUGAUAGUCGAACCGCGCUCAUGUCGGGAGUCCGAACUGGAGGUGCUGCGACCAUACUUUUGAGACCAUGGAAGCUCUUAGUCACUUACGAAAAGGAAAUUCGGGCCAGCAUUCACAACAUCGAUACUUUCGUAGAACCAGCCCGACGAGAAGAUGUGAGCGGUGGAGUGGCCGAGAUCGGGUUGGUGGAAGAUUUCGAAUACAGGCGCGAAGAUCUACUACGGGAACUGGAAUUGCUUGAGGAGUUUCUCGACGUGGACCUCAAGCCCACUUUCGAUCUACGUAGAGCAAUCAAAGAAGGCACAGCGACUGAAAUCGAAUACGGUGACCUGUGGCAUCUAUUUGAACUCGGGGAUACGGUCAUCAGCCCCAAUGAAAAGACCCAGGCCUUUCGAGUGGUCAACUUCACCGGCGGGAGGGAAAUUUUGACACGGAAUAUACUAUAUGACGAUGAAACUCAAGCAAAACCACUAAUGGGUGUGGGCGGGUUUGCGGUGGAUUGCUGCAGCUUAUGUUUCGACGGGACAGAGUACGUGCCAAAAUUGGAGAAGUUCUUGAUCCGGAAAUACCAUGGUCGCAGGCCUAUCACGUCUCUGGAAAUAUUCCCGCUCAGGUUCGACCAAGAUUGGGAAGUUCGUUACCGCGAACUCGAGACCCAGGGGCAGAAAUACUUGAGCUUAACGCGUUUACCGUUCUCUCAUCACAUGUUUCGGGGCAGAACAAUAGACGAGCCACCUCAGCAACUCGAUACUCAAGUCAUCGUGGAUGUUACCUUGGCUAUCAAUAACGAGCCCGAUUGGCAGCUCGGCAGCAGAGUCUCAGUUGAAGACUUUACCCAGAUCGACGAACGUGAGACACAUAUGCCGCCAUUUUGUCACCACGGGACUCAUAACGAAGGUCAUUGUGGAUCAGACUUUGUCUUCAAAGACUUGACUAUGAAGCACUCUGGGAUCAGUCCUUCAGACUCGGAUCUCAGUGGGUUCCUCCGGCCUCGGAGAGCUGAAGAAUUGAAGCAAGAGGAUAUUAUAUUGCUCCCAGAGUGGGUGCAUGCUUUCGUGUUACGCAGUCGCCAGUGGGUCACAUUGAAUACUAGGGACCUUUCCGAGGUGCGUUUUGACAACAAUUUUGACGAACUUAUGUUCUCUUCCAGUCACAAGCAGACCAUAGUGGCUCUUGUAGAAACCCGCGAGAACGCGAGGACAAGUCCUACACAAGGUCCUCGCUCGGUCGGCCCUGCACUGGACUUGGUGAAAGGGAAGGGAGCUGGACUCAUUAUUCUGCUGCACGGCGAACCAGGAGUUGGGAAGACGUCGACGGCUGAGUGCGUGGCCGACAAGACCAAGAGGCCACUGUUUCCCAUUACCUGCGGUGAUAUUGGAGAGUCAGCCAUGGAGGUUGAAAAGAACCUUCAUCAUAAUUUCCGCCUGGCCUACAAAUGGGGUUGCGUCCUCCUGCUCGAUGAAGCGGACGUCUUCCUUGCUAAACGGAACAAGACUGACCUCAGGCGCAACGCUGUCACUAGUGUAUUCCUCCGCAGUCUAGAAUACUAUGCCGGCAUCCUGUUUUUAACAACCAACCGCGUGGGUGGCAUCGAUCCAGCGUUCAAAUCGCGUAUCCAGUUGAGUUUGUAUUAUCCGCGAAUCGAUCUCGAAACAACUGUGAAAUUGUAUGGAGUUUUCCUUCAGCGAGCUCGCGAUGAGCAGACAAGAAUCGGAGUCACACAUUUCAAAAUCAAGGAGAAGGCGAUCCUGAGGUUUGCGGCGCGCCACUACCGACGUCUUCAGAAGGAGGGGUACAAUACUUGGAAUGGAAGGCAAAUACGGAACGCCUGCCAGACAGCCAUCGCACUUGUGGAGCACGAGGCCGCCCAUUUGGAAGACGGCCAGCCAAUACCUGUGCUGGGAAGGCAACAUUUCGAGACUGUAGCCGAAGGGUCGAAAGAAUUCGACCAUUAUCUUAAGAGGACUCUCCAAGGCGGAGACGACGAAAUUGCCAUGAGGGACCAAUGGCGGAAUGAUCACUACCUGGAGGCCGAUAUCAAGCGGCCUUCAUCGUUGAAGCCCUUGCCUAAAGUAUCUUCUUCGCGCACUGCACCCCCACCCCCCAUUGUGACGGACUCAGAGAGUGAAAGCAGCGAUGGCUCGGAGACUGAUGAUAAGGAUGACGAGGACGUCAACAUUAAGCCUAUGGCUGAAGGAGGUAUCGCUCACUUGGACGCUGGAGCGGAUGUGAGCGAUGAUGAGAUUAGCAGUGCUGACUUCAAGGAAUACCUAAAGUUCAAGGCCCUUAUGGGGAAGAACAAAAAGAAAUAG